UGUGUUUGUGUAAUUCAUCAUGAACUUUAUCCUGCUGUCCUUCUGUGUGUCUGUCUUGGGCUUGAGAUCUGUGAUCACAUCAGAACCCCAUUAUGUGAUCACUGUUCCAGCCCAAAUGCUUCAUUCCUCCAUCGAGAGAGCCUGUGUGACCUUUCUUUCCUUGAGGGGUGCAUUAAACGUUCAACUGGAGAUCCAGAGAGGUGACCAAGUUCACCUGGUGGCUAAGGAUAAAAUAAGGGGCCCUAACUAUUCACAGUGCUAUGAGUUUCAGGUCCCUGUUGUGAAAGAGAAGCAGGUUUGGUUUUUCCAUCUGUUAGCUCAAGGAGAAGACAUUAAUAUUAACCAGACCAAGAAGAUUCUAAUAAGUAAAACGAACCAUGUGACUUUUAUCCAAACUGAUAAACCCCUGUACAAACCAGGGCAGACAGUGAAUUUCCGCGUUGUAACUCUGGAUAAGAAUUUCUCUGCCAGUGAAGAAAAGUAUCCUCUCGUAGAGCUGCUGGACCCAAAAAGAAACCGAAUAGGUCAGUGGCUGAACAUCUCACCUGUUCACGGAAUUGCAGAUUUUACCUUCCCUUUGGCAGAAGAGCUUCCACUUGGACAAUACAAGAUUUCUAUACCUACUCUGUCUGUCAAAUCAUUUUCAGUAUCGGAAUAUGUUUUGAAGAGAUUUGAGGUCAAUAUUAAUUUGCCGUCCACGGUUGCCCAGACAGACAAACAAUUUACUUUGGAAGCUUGUGGAAGGUACAACUAUGGAAAGCCAGUCCUGGGCUCGAUUAACAUAAAUGUCUGUCUGCAAACAACAAACUUGUGGCCAGAUUAUUUUGCUGAAAAUAAGGAGGACACAGAUUCUGAAAACUGCCAAGAGAUACUAGGCGAAGAGACUGAUAGCAGAGGCUGCAUCUCCAAAAAUAUUGAUCUUACAUUUUUCAAUCUUUCAAACCCAGAAUUUGAGCAAUACUUGGAAAUUUCAUGUGUUUUAUCAGAAUUCAUUACAGGUCAGGUGGAAAAAGCAACAGCCAAAAUCUCUAUUGCAAGUCAACUUGUGAUUGAAUUUGUGAAUAUCAGGAGAUAUUACCAGAAAGGACUACCCUUCAAUGGCAUGAUGAAAGUGGAGGACAGAAAUGGAGAACUGAAGCCAAAUGAAACAGUUUUUCUGGUAACGAACAUCAACGAUGUGGAUUAUAAUUUGAGACUUCUAACCAACGGACUUGGCAUUGCCCAUUUUACACUUGACACCACAGAAUGGGAGAAUAUGGUGACACUUCAGGGAAAAUUUUCGUUGGAUGAAAGUGAUGAGCUGGGCAGCAAAAUAGAUGCAUUCACAUGGCUAGAUCCCUUCUACUCUGAGAGUAACAGUUUCCUGAAGAUCGAAGCUAUUGCAAGUAAACUGGAAUGUGGUACCAAGCAGCCGAUUCAAGUCAAUUAUGCCCUUAACAAGAUGGAAUUGGAUCCUAAUUCAGAGCAUCUCUCAUUCUUUUACCUGAUACUGGCUAAAGGCGGAAUUUAUUAUCAAGAAGAAUACAAAUUAAAUGUUUUAGAACAGAAAAAGGAACCAAUACUGCAGGGCUCGUUCUACCUUGAGAUCCCAGUGACAGAUAAUAUGAUUCCUGAAAUUUCCCUCUUGGUUUUCACUGUAUUCAUGGAUGGGGAGGUGGCGGCAGAUCGGGCAACAUAUACAAUCUCAACAUGCUUCAAAAACAAGGUGGAACUUAAAUUCUCAGAAAAGAAAAUUCGACCUGGGCGAAAGGUGAACUUGGAGGUAAAAGCGGAAUCAGGGUCGAUGUGUUCCGUCCGGUCAGUUGAUAAAGGACUUUUGCUUCACCAGCCUCAUGAGAGAACGCUAUCAUCCACCUUGAAUGAAAUAACAUCAUGGAUAGCUAAGGUAACAAAUCACGGCGUCCCGUACAUAAUUGAAGAUAUUGAAGAAUAUUAUUGCAUGGAGCCUGAAGACCAAUCAAUAUUGGACAAGACCCAGAAGAAAAGUGUAUGGUACCCAAGUGAUCCAGAUGUGUACAGCUUAUUUAAGAUAAGUGCUCUCAAGGUUUUCACCAACACUAAGAUCAGGAAGCCGGUGUCAUGUGUGGUUCCAAUGUUCAACCCACGCAGUUCCUUUCGUACAAUGGUGAAAUCUGAAGUUACAGAUCUCUCUGAUCCUUCCUUAAGUGAGGAAGAUUCAGAGAGGCAGCGAAUACAUUUCCCAGACACCUGGCUGUAUGAAUUGGUGUCAAUUGGACCAAAAGGACAUGCCCUAUUAAAUUUAACGACUCCUGAUAGCAUCACCAGUUGGGUAACGGAUGCAUUUUGCCUGGGAAAAUCAGGUUUUGGAGAGACACAUGAUGUUGAGCUAACAACCUUCAAACCUUACUUCAUUGAUCUGAAUCUGCCCUAUUCAGUGAUUCAGGGGGAGGAAGUUACACUUAGUGCCCAUGUCUUCAGCUACCAAAAGUAUUGCUCGAUGGUUGUAGUAUCUCUAUUGGAUUCCCCAGACUUUACCUCUACCGAGAGCAUGAAGAAGCAGUUCCGCUGUAUCUGUGCAGAUCAGACUGCAAGCUUUACCUGGAAUAUCACUGCUACAAAAAUAGGCACCACUAAAAUCCAAGUGAGAAGCUAUGCCACGAAGCAGGAUGGAGAAUGUACCCAAAAUGAUCUUGACCAAAAAAAGAGACUAAGGUCAGAUUCACUGGCAAAAUCUAUAAUAGUGAAGCCCAGAGGAAUCUUACAGGAACAUACAGAAACAACCCUUCUUUGUCCUUCAGAUACAACUGUACAAGAAGAAUUGUAUGUACAGAUACCAGCUGGUUGGGUGCAAGGCUCAGAAUUUGCACACAUCACUGUGCUUGGUGAUAUCAUGGGCAAUGCUAUAAGCAAUAUAGGACAUUCCCUUAGGCUGCCCACUGGAUGUGGUGAACAGAAUAUGGCAUUAUUUGCUCCGAAUAUUUACAUUAUGCAGUAUCUACAGAGCACCAAUCAACUCACCCCCGAACUCAGCAAGCAAACACUAGCAUAUCUGACCACAGGGUACCAGAGACAACUGAUGUUUAAACAUGAUGAUGGGUCUUACAGUGCAUUUGGAAACAAAGACAUGGAGGGGAACACAUGGCUAACAGCCUUUGUGUUGAGGUCAUUUUCCCAGGCACGAGAAUUCAUCUACGUAGAGGAGAAACACAUUCACGAUGCUGUAAAGUGGUUGAGCAGCCUACAGAUGCAAAGCGGCUGCUUCCAAAGUGUUGGAUAUCUUUUUAACAACCAACUGAAGAGUGAGGUGUCGGAUGAAGUGACAUUUGCUGCCUACAUCACGAUUGCGUUGCUGGAAAGUGGUGCUGCUUACAAUGAGAGCAUUGUGCACGACUCCUUGAGAUGUUUGAAGAACCAAGCACACAAUGUAACCAGUAUCUAUAGUCAAGCACUCUUGGCCUAUGCUUUUACUCUAUCAGGAGACAAUGAUCUAAGAUAUCGCAUGCUGAAAGGUUUGGAAAAGAAGGCUAUAACUAAAGGUGGAAACAUGCAUUGGGCUCUGGAUUCUACAGACGGAGGAGUGGAGAUUUCCUCUUACGUACUACUGGCUUUUCUCUCAGACAAAACAGCUUCCAUUAAAGAUAUUGCAGGAGCCUCGCAUAUUGUCAGUUGGGUCAUUAAACAACAGAACCCACGGGGAGGCUUCUCUUCCACGCAGGACACAGUUGUGGCUCUUCAAGCUCUUUCAAAAUAUGCAAAGGCUACUUUUAUUGAGAGUGGAUAUGCCAAAAUCAGGAUUCGCUCACAUCCAGGGUUUCAAAAACAGUUAAUUGUGGAUAAAAGCAAAAGUCUUCUUAUGCAGAAGGUAGUACUGCCAUAUAUUCCUGGAAAAUACACCGUAACUGCCACAGGGAAAGGAUGUGUCUACGUACAGACAUACCUGAAGUAUCACAUCCCCACUUCUAAAACUGACACACAUUUUAUUCUGAGUGUCAACACGCAGCCAACAGUUUGCACGUCUCAUGUAGGUAGAAGCUUUGAGAUCCUCGUGGAGGUCAGAUACACUGGGAACCGAAUUUCAUCCAAUAUGGUGAUUGUUGAAGUGGAGCUGCUAUCAGGAUUUAUAUCCAUCGAGGAAAGUGUUAAAAAGUUGGAGAAGAAUCCACUGAUAAAGAGAACUGAAGUCACAGCUGAGAAAGUCAUCAUAUACUUAGAAGAGCUCAAACACCAAACAGAAGAGUUUUCGUUCUUUGUCAAACAAGAAACGCUUGUGAAAAACCUGCAGCCUGCAAAUGUACGAGUUUACGACUAUUAUGAUCCAGGGGAACAUUCUGAAGCAGAAUAUACAGCUCCCUGUAGCUCAGGUUCAGAUAAGCAAGGGGCGCAGUGAAAUCAUCAAGCAAACAAAUCCAGAAAACAACAUUCGUUAAUUUCUAAUAAUUAAAAAAAAUCGAACUUCCAAAUAAAAAAUAUAUAUUAUGUGUUCUUUGUAUUGAUUCUGGCUAAUGUUAUAUAAAACAGAGGCAAUAGCUUCUCAGCAAUGUAUUUCUCAUUACUGUGUUGGUCACACAAUAAA